AUGAGCCUGUCGCCCGAGCUCCACAUUGCGCUCCAGCGCGUAACCGCUUGCAAUAACAGCGAGCGGUUGGUGAUGGUGGUACGUGACGACCUGAUCAAGAGUUUGCAAGCCGGACAGACCGCAGUGGCUUAUGCGCACGAAGCGUGGAUGCAGCUUGAGCGGUUGGGUGCGGACGUGAUGUCCAUCGGGAGGUUGGUGGGUUUCGUUGACAGGGACAAGUUGCAUAAGGCUUUCAAGGACUCCAAGCUGCUGAUGCGUGACAGGGACGGUGUUGCGGACUUUGGGAUGGUUGAUCAGCUCAUUCGCGAGCAAUGCGAGUCGAAGAAAGACAUGCCGCCGCUGAGCAUUGAGGCCUUUCUCACGAAGCUGCACACGACCCUGGUGGAGGUAACCGCUUCAGGACGGCCACAACGCCGCGGAGCCAUGUCUUACAUGGACACUCCUGUCCUCGGUGGCAGCUCAGCACGAGCUGCUCGGCUUCACGGCUGCCGAAGAUUCUGCCCAUGCCCGAGGAAUCCACAUUCGCACUUGCAGAAGGCAGUCCUCACAGAGUUGACAUGCUCAGGAAAUGUUUGGAAACGUACCCUGACGAGGAUCGCCCAGCUUCUGCGCAAACCGAAUAGUUGA